CUGGCUGUCGGCUCUGGAGAGCACCCGCUGGCUGCAGCACCUGUCCGUCAUGCUGAAGGCGGCCACUCUGGUGUGUUCGGCGGUGGAGAGGGAGGGCCGUCCUGUCCUGGUGCACUGUUCGGACGGGUGGGACCGCACGCCACAGAUUGUAGCCCUCGCCAAGAUCCUGCUGGACCCCUACUACAGGACGUUAGAGGGCUUCCAGCUGCUCGUAGAGACCGAGUGGCUCGACUUCGGACAUAAGUUUGGGGACCGCUGCGGCCACCAGGAGAACGCUGACGACGUGAGCGAGCAGUGUCCCGUCUUCCUGCAGUGGCUGGACUGCGUCCACCAGCUGCUCAAACAGUUCCCCUGCCUGUUCGAGUUCAACGAGGCCUUCCUGGUCAAGCUGGUGCAGCACACGUACUCGUGUCUUUACGGCACCUUCCUGUGUAACAACGCCCGCGAGAGGGAGACGAGGAACAUCUACAAACGCACCUGCUCCGUGUGGUCCCUGCUCCGCAACGGGAACAAGAACUUCCAGAACUUCCUCUACAUCCCCAGCCAUGACAUGGUGCUGCAGCCAGUCUGCCACACACGAGCGCUGCAGCUGUGGACAGCUGUGUACCUGCCCACCUCCUCGCCCUGCACCGCCGUGGACGACUCCAUGGAGCUCUACCUCCCCCCGAGCGUCACCGGAGACGAGCUCACCUCCCGCUCCCUCGACAGGUGUGUUUAUUUAUUCAUUUGCAAAUCUGAUCAGCUGCUCACCGUCUGCACACGCUGUUCUCUCCGAACAGAUUCAUCAUUUUCAAAAAACAAGCCACACUGCCCUCUAGAGCCCCGAAUGGAGAAUUGUGUCAUUGAG